GAAAAAACGGCAAACGAGGAACGCCGAGUUGCCAGAAUAAAAACUCGAGAUUUCCCGCUGCGUGCUUCUUCUCUGAUUUCUGCAGUCAAUCUCCGUCGAUCUUCCGAUUUCUCCCCUCCGUCUUCUCUUUUGUCUCUCUGUCUUCCACCACUGCUCUUCACUCCCUUUCUUCCUUGAUUUUUAGUUACGACUGAUAUGAUAUGCGUCCACCUCAAUUGCUUCCUUCCAACUUGGGGUUCGAUAUCGGCAUAAUCUGCGGCAAGUUUAGAAUUAGGCUUUCUAGGGUAUCCACGGCACUUAGAUUAUUUUUUGCUUUCAGGAUUUCCGUUUUGAUUUAGGUGACUUCAAAAGGAAUUAGAGCUUGAAUUCCCCAGUUUUAUUUCUUCUUGGAAUAUCUGUUCCCCUUUUGAGUUUUAUGUACUAAAACUUCGUUGCGCUCUUGCUAGUCUAUUAAUUUUUCAGAGGUCCUGGCGCGCUUGCGAUUUGGAAUUAUUAUUAUUAUUUUAAUUGUUGGUAAUAAUUUUAUUUUCGGGGCUUACUCUUGCUCAACUUGAAUUUUGAGAUUUGGGGAUUGGAGGAGGGAAAGAAAUAAACUGUAGGAGAUUGCCCUAGAGCUUGUUAACCUAUCGGCUUGAAAGUUUUUUCCUUGGCAGUGCUGGAGAAGGUAUUUGCAGUUCUUUUGAUCCAUAGUUGUUAAUCUCAUUGACGGAGCUAGAACCCUGAAUCAGCCAUGGCCUCUUACAGGCCUUUUCCGCCGCAAUCGUCGUAUGGUCCACCUCCGAGUCAAAAUCCUAUAGCACCGGGACAUCCACCUCAACAACAACGUGGAAAUCAGUACAAUCAAAGCUGGGGCUAUGGUGGAGGCGAUGGCAAUAUGCCUUCAGCUCCUUCUACUUCUUUUCCCCAAAAUUACGCCCAAAUGCCCCCAAAUUCUAAUUAUCAUCAUGGUGGAUAUGGAUCAUCUUCUUCUUCACAGCAUUACGGUGCUCCAAGAAGUCAACAACCUCCUCCCCCUCCUCCUCCUUCCCAUCAGCAGUAUCCAUAUCAGCCACCACCUCCACCACCGCCUGAAACUUCUUACCCGCCUCCACCACCUCCUCCGCCACCAGCACCUUCAAUGCCGCAACAAAAUUCAGCUAACUUGCAGCCUCCAUCACAUCCUCCUAUGUAUUAUCCAUCUGGUCAGUUCCCUCAGUAUGACCAGCAGCCACCUCCACCUCCUCUGUCUCCGCCACCAAGUUCUUCCAUCCCACCUCCACCUCCCCCAAGUUCACCACCUUCAGCUGCAGCUCCUCCACAACAUCAUCAAAUUAAGGAUGAUAGGCGAUUCCACGACCGUAACAAAGGGCCUGUGCCAUCUGUUAGGCGUGAUCAUGAGCAUUCCCAGCAUGGGAUGCCUCAUAAACAGCAGAAGCCUGCUGUUCCUGCAAUGCCACCGAAGAAAUCAAAUGGACCUCCUGGGAGGAUUGAGACAGAGGAGGAAAGGAGGCUGAGGAAAAAGAGAGAAUUUGAGAAGCAACGGCAGGAAGAAAAGCAUAGGCAGCAACUGAAGGAAUCACAGAACAGUGUUCUGCAAAAGACCCAGAUUUUGUCAUCUGGGAAGGGGCAUGGUUCAAUUGUAGGCUCGCGAAUGGGUGAAAAGAGAACUGCUCCGCUACUGAGCGGUGAGAGGAUUGAAAAUAGGUUGAAAAAGCCCACGACAUUUUUGUGCAAGCUGAAAUUCCGAAAUGAGCUUCCAGAUCCAAGUGCACAACCCAAGCUUAUGGCAUUCAAGAAAGAAAAAGAUCAAUAUUCAAAGUAUACAAUCACAUCUCUGGAGAAAUUAUAUAAACCCAAACUUUUUGUGGAGCCAGAUCUUGGGAUACCUCUGGACCUGCUUGAUCUCAGUGUUUACAAUCCUCCCAGCGUCAGACCACCUCUUGCUCCAGAGGAUGAAGAAUUAUUGCGAGAUGAUGAAGCAGUAACCCCUGUUAAAAAACCCGGCAUAAGAAGAAAGGAAAGGCCUACUGAUAAAGGCGUUGCUUGGCUUGUUAAAACACAAUAUAUAUCUCCUCUGAGCAUGGAAUCAGCAAAACAGUCUUUAACUGAAAAACAAGCAAAAGAACUUCGAGAGAUGAGGGGAGGGCGCAAUAUUUUGGAAAAUCUCAAUGAUAGGGAAAGACAAAUCAAGCAAAUAGAAGCGUCAUUUGAAGCAGCUAAAUUGCCCCCUGUUCAUGCAACUAACAAAAAUUUGUAUCCUGUUGAGGUUCUGCCUCUGCUGCCUGAUUUUGAAAGAUAUGAUGACCAAUUUGUUGUUGCAGCAUUUGAUAGUGCUCCAACAGUUGAUUCGGAAAUCUACAGUAAGUUGGAUAAAUCUGUUCGUGAUGCCCAUGAAUCAAGGGCAAUUAUGAAAAGUUAUGUUGCAACGGGUGCAGAUCAUGCAAAUCCUGAGAAAUUUUUGGGAUACAUGGUCCCAACACCUGGAGAGCUACCAAAGGAUAUGUAUGAUGAAACUGAAGAUAUCUCAUAUUCUUGGGUUCGAGAAUAUCUCUGGGAUGUUCGGGGUGAUGAUGUAGAUGACCCUGCAACAUACUUGGUUUCUUUCGAACAGUCAGAAGCACGAUAUUUGCCUCUUCCAACAAAACUUUUGUUGAGAAAAAAGAGGGCUAAUGAGGGAAGAUCAACUGAUGAGGUUGAGCAAUUUGCUGCGCCUUCAAAAGUGACUGUGAGACGAAGGCCAACCGUUGCUGCAAUUGAACGGAAGGAUUCUGUGGGUUAUACAAACAUAAAGGGCAGUUCUUCAAAGAGAAGGGCUUUAGACAUGGAUGACGAUCUAGAACAGCAACAUAGAGUUGCAAUGCACCAGGAUAAUUAUCAAUCUAGUGGAGCGGAGGAUGACAUGUCUGAAUGAGCCUUCGAAGCAAAUGUCAAUGCCUCAAAGCGAACUUUGCUCGAUGAGGAUGUGGCUGCUGAGUUAGCGGCAGGCAGUUAGUUUGACCUGACCCGAGCGUUUCAAUGAAAGGAGGACAACAUGUUCGAUCCUAUAAAUUUUGUCCGUUAAAUUUAUACACAUACCCUUCCUGAUUGUAGGCAGUUUCAAGUUAAUCAUCGAGCACAAUGCCCGGAGAAUAUCAUUGUAUCAUCUACGAUAAUAUUUUCGUGAAAAUUAGUAGUAUACCAUCCUAACUCUAAAGUCCUUCACAUGUUGACAAUAGCGUGAGAAUUGACAAAAAUCUGGUGAAAUGAUUCUCUCUGCAUGGGCUGGCGAACAACAAACUAAAAUGCAGGCUUUGCUGGACGUAUUUGGUGGGUUUUGUGAUGCAUAAUGGAGGAGGCUGAUCUAGAUUAUGAAUUGCGGAGGAAGCCUCCCAAUCAAAAAAUCUUUGUGCCCAGUUUGUUUUCUUCAGUCCAGUGAUGAGGAAUGACAACUGACGUCGAGAGAUUUCCGUAAAAUAUAAGUUCAACCAGAGCAUCUGCGUGAUCAUCUUCCAUUGUUGUAUAAGUUGUACAAGCGAUUUCUAUUUUUCCUUGUGUAAUAAGUUGUUGCCUUGGUAUCAUUAAAUUUCAACCAUUUGAUGUAUUUUUAA